AUGUCUUUACAAAAUCUAAAGAAAACUCCAUUGAAUUCUAUCUUCAUUAAACAAAUUUCGGACAUUCCUGUUGAUAUAGAUCUAACUCCAGAUGCGAAAGUAUCAUCGUUUGAAUCUCAAAAAUUGAUCGGCGUGAAGAAUUCUUCACGCGCACAUGGCCAACCGGAAUCUGAUACAGAAACUAAAGUAUGCGAAGAAACUUUAUCAGAAGCCGAGAUAAGUAUUACAACCACUCCUUCUAUCUCAUCAUCUCAAAUCUCUAAUUUGGAAGAUAUAGUAAAUGUAUUUGAUGGCUUUUCAGAUUCUAACUCUGAUGGUAGUGAGGAUGAUGAUGAAGACGAGUUUUUAGUACCGUCUACAGGAGCAGUAUCAUUAGAUAAAGUACCGGAAAAAAUGUUGGUAAUUGGUGGUGGCAUUAUUGGACUUGAACUUGGUUCUGUAUGGAGUCGUCUUGGUGCAGAAGUAACUGUUGUUGAAUAUCUUAGUUCAAUUGGUGCAGGAAUAGAUGGCGAAUUAGCUAAAUCAUUCUCAAAAAUACUUCAAAAACAAGGGCUUAAAUUUAAACUAAAUACAAAAGUUAUAGAUGCAUCAAAAAAAGAUGGCAAAGUUUAUGUAAAUGUUGAAGCAUCCAAUGGAGGUACACAAGAAUCAUUAGAAGCUGAUGUUGUACUUGUUUCAAUUGGAAGACGACCUUAUACUGAAAAACUUGGUUUAGAAAAUGUUGGAAUUGAUGUUGAUGAUAAAGGAAGAAUUAAAAUCGAUUCUCAUUUUAAGACUAAUCAUUCACACAUCUUAUGUAUUGGUGAUGUUACUUAUGGUGCUAUGUUAGCUCAUAAAGCCGAAGAAGAAGGCAUAGCUGCUGCAGAAUUUAUUGCAGGUGGAUUUGGACAUGUCAAUUAUGACGUGAUACCUUCAGUAAUUUAUACACAUCCAGAAGUUGCAUGGUGUGGUAAAACUGAAGAACAAGUUAAAGAAACCAAAAAACCAUAUCGUGUUGGUACCUUUCCAUUUGCUGCAAACUCACGUGCACGAACAAAUGACGAUUCUGAAGGAGUAGUUAAGAUUAUAUCUGAUGAAGAAACUGAUCUAGUGUUAGGAAUUCAUAUAAUUGGACCAAAUGCUGGUGAAAUGAUAGGUGAAGCUGUUCUAGCUAUGGAAUAUGGUGCAAGUAGCGAAGAUAUAGCUAGAACUUGCCAUGCACAUCCAGAAAAUGAAUAUUUGGAAAGAAUAAAGGAAUGUGAGGCGAUCACUGAGUCUCAAACCGGCAUGAUUGACUCGAUGGAAGGUUUAUUAAAGGAUCUUGUGGGCAAAAUGGAUCGCCUAAAAGAUGAAAAGGCAAGGCGUUUACUACCACAACGACCACAAUCGACCCUAAGCAAUUAUUAUUCACACGAUGCAGCAAGUAUACAGCGAUCAAAAUCAAGCCUAAACAACCAUUAUACAUACGAUCCAGCAAAGGUAUCGAAUUUACAACGAUCAAAAUCAAGCCUAAACAACCAUUAUACAUACGAUUCAGCAGCGACAUCAAAUAUACAACGAACAAAAUCAAGCCUAAGCAAUCAUUAUUUACACGAACCAACAAAGAUGUCAAAUGCACAACGAUCAAAAUCAAGCCUAAGCAAUCAUUCACUCGAUCCAACAAACACAUCAAAUAUGCAACGAUCAAAAUCAAGUUUAAGUAAUCAUUAUGUUAAUGAUACAACUAAAAAAUCAAGAACAAAAUCAAGUUUAAGUAAUAUAAACACUAAUAUAUUUGGCACCAUAAUGACAAGUUUGAAAAGAUCUCAAUCAAAAGAAAGUAAUUGUAAUUAUAGCAAUUAUAGUUCAUCGGAUGAGUAUAAUCCAUCUGAAUUAAUGCCAGCUCGUUGUAUAUCUCCACCUCGGUCAAGAAGACAGUCAUAUACAAAUCCAAUAUCAUUAUUCACAGAUGAAGAACGCGUUAAACAUCAAUCUCGUUUUGUUUUAGCAAAACGAUGGGUCGAAGAUGAUGAAGUAUCAGUGUGUCGACAUGCGGACUGUAAUACAAAAUUUAGUUUUUGGAAUAGAAAACAUCAUUGCAGAAGAUGUGGUGAUAUCUUUUGUUAUAAACAUAGUAACUAUUCAAUGUUACUGUUUGCUGAUGGAAAUGAGGAUUGGGGUGGUGUAUGGUCCAAAGUUUGUGAAGAAUGUUAUAAAGAUAAAGAUGAUAAAAAACAAUAA